CAAAUGCCUGUCAUUUCUGUUUCUAGGUCUUUUCCCACGCCGGACGACAACUCCCAUGAUGCUCCAGGGAGGCAGAGCCGGGCUCUACAACGUUAACUGCCGCGCAAAGGAUCGUGGGGGUUGGAGUCCAAUAGAGCCUAAGGCUUUUGAGAACCGCCGCCAUCUUGCCGUCUCCAUGGAAACGCGGCCUAGCAGGAACAGCGCAGCCUGAGACUCGCGUAGGAAAAAAAGAAAAAAGGCUCCGGGGAUGGCGGAGGCGGCGUGGAACGAGGACACCGGCGUCGCCGUCUAUCGCUCCCGGGACCCCAUCGGCAACCUCCGCGUCCGGGUCGGCCUCCAGCGGGUGACGUCCACCAGUCUCCUCCUCCAGCAGCUCCAAGCCUCCUCCGGCCAGCAGCUCAUCGGCUUGGCCACCCUUGGCCCUGUGGCAAGUGCCCCUUGUCCGGAGGAGGAGCGCGAAGAGGUCGUAGUUGGAUGGCAGGAGAAGCUUUUCAGUCAGUUCGAGGUGGACCUCUACCGCAGCGCCGCGGCCUGCCAGACGCCACUUGACCGCCAGUACCACCGGGAGGUCCUGCGGCUGGAGGAGACCCGUGGGAGAAGCAACACCCGCAUCUUCACCUACACGGAUCACGACCGCUUCACCAACCUGGAGGAGCAUUGCCAGAAGGUGACCACGGCGGCCGAGGAAAAACCCUCCUACCUGGCCGAGCGCAUGGCCAAUGUCCGGAGGAGGCGGCAGGAGCGCCGGCCCAGGGAAGGGCCCGGCCUGAAGUCCCGGAUCGUGACCUGGGAGCCUUCAGAGGAGUUUGUCAAGAGCAGCCACGUCCUCAACACUCCCCUCCAGACCAUGUACAUCAUGGCCGACCUGGGGCCCCCUGGCAAACUGGGCCUCCGGGAGAAUGAGCACGUCCUGUGCACUCUCCAGGUGGAUGGCAAUGGGGUGCUCAGCGUCAGACCGGACUUCACAGGGAGCAAAGGGCCCUACAGGAUCGAGUUGGAAGGGGAGAAGCGGGAAGUGUGGAGCGUCACCCUGCAGAAUGCCUCUCCGCAAGUGGAGCACGAAGACGAGGCCCGGGAGCAGCGCGUCUUCAAGGACCUGUACAGCCGGCACAAGGAGUAUCUCUCCGGACUGGUGGGCUCCGACUUCGAAAUGACGGUUCCUGGCGCUCUCCGGCUCUUUGUGAACGGUGAGAUUGUUUCGGCCCAAGGCUAUGAAUACGACCACCUCUACAUCCACUUCUUCCUGGAGCUGCCCAGCGGCUGGUCCUGCCCGCCAUCGCAGCCGCUCUCCGGAGUCACCCAAACCUGCACCACCAAGACCUGUGGAUGGGAGCAGGUGGCCUUCUUCUCCUUCCCAUUCACCCUGGAAGUCUUCUUCAGCCAGGAGGAAGAGGCCGAAGGAUCGCUUUCUCAAUGGCCGGUCCUGUACUUUGAGGUUCUCUCCUUAGACUUCUGGCAGCGGUCGCGGGUCGAAGGCUACGGUUUUGUGGCUUUGCCGACCACGCCAGGGUCCCACACCGUGAGCGCCUCCACCUGGCGCCCUGUCGAGCUGGGCCCUCGGGCGGAGCUGCAGCGCUUCUUUGUUGGGGGGUCGCCCGAGUUGGAGGACCUGACCUACAGCCGUCUGCCAGGCACCUUCACGGGUGACCGGCUCAGCCGCUUCGGCUUCCGCACCAAGACGACAGGCAGCGUCUCCUUCCGCCUUCACUGCCUCCAGCAGUCCAAGGCCUUCCUGGACUCCAGCUCCAUGAGGAAACGCAUGCAGAGCGUUCUGGACCGGCUGGGCGGCUGGGGUCAGCAGGGCUCCCUCUACGGCGUCCUGGAGGCCUUCCAAAGGGCCCGUCGCCGGAUGCAAGAGGCCCGGGAGAGCCUCCCGCAGGACCUGAUCCGGCCUUCUUCGACUUCUUUGGCGUCGGCCCAUUUGGGCGGAGGGGAGUCCUGACAGCUUCCCUUUGGGGGAUGUGGACCAUGGUCUUGUUGCACCUCAUUGGGGAAGCAGGACAUUGCGAAAGACUCUCCGUCG